AUGCAAAUUGUAAGUGUCACAUUUGUCAACUGUGUAGGAUCGCCAGUGCCGGAAAAACCUCCUGCAGUGACGGUAGUGCCAGGCCCCCCCGUCGCCAGCAUGUACUCCGCGCCAUCAGACACUAAGCUGGAUUGCGACCUCACGCCCACGCCCACCCACCGGCCCUUUGACGAACUCACGCCCACAGAAGAAGCCAAGAUGCGGGCGGCCCAUACUCUCAACAGACUGAGUGGCGAGUCAGCCCAUACAUUCAUACCAGAUCCAGACGCUGACGGAGGAGGCCCCGGCUAUGUGCCCUUCGUAGACUAUAGCGGCCGCGACUACGCCCCCGUGCCCAACGGUCGGCGGGCGUCCUUCAGCGACCUGGGCCCCUACAUCACGCCCGAGCCGUCGCUGUCGCCCGCCGCGCCCGACUUCUGCACCAUCAGGAGAGGCACGAGGAUCAGUCAGCUCGGCGUCGGCAACGGCACCAACAGCCUCCUGGGCUCCGCCUACCACGACGCGCCCACGCUGCGGCUCAACGGCACCGCCCACGCCCUCGCCUCCCGGCACUCCUCCUACGCCGCCCACCUCAACUCCAGCUACGGGUCGCCGCCGCCGCCCCCCUACCCCCGGGGCUCCAAGGUGGGCUCACCCCGGGGCUCCUCCUCCCCGACGGGCCCUGCCACGCUCGCCCUCAACAGCGCGGCCGCCCACGGGGACGAGCGGGCGUCCCCCGAGACCAAAUACAUUUUCUCCCCCGAGGCCAUGAUGAAGCCCGGGACGCUGGUGUGACCUUAGCCGAGAGUGCCAGCCGCGCGGACACAAAGGCGGCACCUUCCCUGAGGGCGCGGCCGCCCGGCGCGAUGGUCACACUGCACGCCCUUCCUUCCCGCCCGCUCUCUGUCGUCUCUCUGGCUUCGGGCUCAGGUCAGGCGAGCGGCUUGACCCGGAAUAUCCACGGGCGCAGGACCUGGAAUGCUGGCAGGACGUGACCCGCAAAGAAGAGCGCGGGCUCCGUGCCAGGAAAGGCAAGGCCGUGGAAACCUCGAGCAAGGAGGUCGAGGCGGGGAAAGGCAGGGGAGGGGGGGGGAGGCCGCAGCGGAAGCCUGUCUCCAAGGAAGCCUUCUUCCGGCUCGCGUAGAUAGGCCUACCGACGAAGGGCAUCGAAGACAGGCCUAGCGCCGAGGGGCACCGAGAAGGCGGGGCGCGGGAAGCCUUGCACGUGCUUGGACCUUUGCUAAAGCUUCCUUUUUGUUGUGGUUUUCAAUUCCUAUAAAAGAGAAGAAGAAAGAGAAUGUCAAAUUUCCUCGGGCGAAGAAAUCCGAGCAGGACUUCCGAAAGGGUUCUAUGUGUUCCUUCCAAGCGACGAGGAGUGACGUCACGAGGUGCCACUCGUUAACGAAGUCAAGUAUUCGUUUCUGUGUCAACACUGAGACGUGCGUGUACAUAUGCGUGUUUGUAUGAUAUAGGCCAUUGCAUUUUACUAAUGAUAUUUGACUUUGAACAGCGUUAAUUCGAUAUAUUAUCAAACUUAUUUAUUGCCUUUGGGACCUAAUCACAUAUUAACACCAUAAUUGAAAAGAUUAAUCAGCUCAUAGCCAUUAAUUGAUAUUGGAUAGAACAGCAUUUUUAUUAAUGAACUAAAUGUACAUAUAUAUGCAUUUGUUCAAAGCUCUCUUUUUUCGAAGAGGAAUGUUGGGGAGGGAGAGGGAGGGGGCGGAGCUUAUUUCAGAUUCGUUCUAUAAAAGACUGUGUUGCAACUAUUUCCAAUUUUUCCCUAAUAUACCAUGAUCUUUGUCCAUUUCUCCUGUUUCUGUGUUUUUUUUUCUUACCCCACUUCUCCUCUCUCUUUCUUUCUUUUUUUCUU